GCAGGUCACGUGCUCUCCAUCCAGGAACUCGCGUCUGCUGGUUUUGUUACCAAACAAAGUGCGAGUCACUUCGCCGGCUCUGCGACACCGAAACACCGACCGACUGGCCGACCUCUGCUGCCUCACCCCCCGCCACACCCGAUGUACCUACAACGCGCCAUGGGCGCCGGGUGACCAGGAGAAGGAUCCAUAAUCACUGCUGCAGGCUGCGGGGCUUCAGCGGCGGCGGAGCAGCAGCGGGCCUCGGCCUCGGGAGGAGCUUAGCUGCGGGGACGCAGACCCAGUCUACGGCCAUUGUGUGUCGGGAUCCGGGAAUCGAGUAUUUGCUGUGAUAUCUCCAUCCCCAGGUCGCCCGCCCACCAGUGUGAGCCCGUGUGUAGUGAUUCUGUUCCGGGAGCGCUCAGCGGCACAAUCGCCAAGAUAGCCGGUCCAGGCAGGAAGCGGCACACCUCAGAUCCAGAGCCCUGCAGCGAGCGCAGAGACGGCCAGCCCCUUAGCGCCAAGUGCCUGAAGAUGGCGAGCGGCGGAGGGGAGACGGGGGGCCGGCGCGGCGGGGGCGGGGGCGGGCCCUCCCAGCAGCAGCAGCAACACCAACACCAGAGAGGGCCGGAGAGGGGAGGCGUGGAGCUGACCUCCUCCAGCACCAGUAAGAAGAAGCAGAAGGACCGGGCCAACCAGGAGAGCCGUGAGGCCAAGAGGGCAGCGGCCGCCACUGGAGGGGUGAUCGCCGAGGCCAAGAAGGAUGUGUUUGUGGACUGGAAGCAGAACGCCAACGAGGUGAUCGUGCGUCUGCGCUGCGGAGACGGAGUGCAGAGGGCGGAGGACGUCCGCACCACCUUCACAGACACCACGUGCCACGCCCACUUCCCAGAUGGGCGGCAGUGGGAGUGCCGCCUGCAGGAGGAGAUCGAGGCGUCCUGCAGCCGGGCUCAGUACAAGGAGAAGGCCGGGCUGCUGCUGCUCAACAUGCACAAGAAGAUCCCCUUCCACAUCUGGCCCUCACUCAUGUCCAACAAGAAGGAGAAGGUCCCCGCCUCGGCCGAGACCAAGAACGGCAAGCAGCACCCCGCCGCGCCGUCGCCCAGGGCUGAGUCCGGCCCGGCCCCGCCCUCCAACGCCACCGCCGCGCCCACGACCCCCCUCCCAGAGCCCCGACGGGGGGGCGGGAGCAGCAAGGCCGAGAGGAACCUCAAGCGCUCCCUGAAGAACAAGCAGCAGCAGCAGCAGCAGCAGCAGCAGCAGCAGCAGCAGCAGCAGGCGGCGGCCGACAGAACCUCGGAGAAGCCCGCCGAGCGGACGCCGGAGGAGACCGCGGAGAGGACGGCGGCGCAGCCGGACGCGGGCGAGGCCACGGCCACCAACACCACCACCACGGCCACCACCACCACCAUCACCACCACCACCACCAACACCACCAACACCGGCGGCCGCGGCCCCCGGGCGCCGAGCUCCGACCGGCAGCGCGGCCUGGAGCCCAGCCCGGCCAAGCGGACCCCCCCCCCCGUCCCGGCUCCCUCGCAGACCUCCGACGCCGCGGAGGAGGGGGGCGGCGGGGGCGGCGGCGGCGGCGACACGGAGCAGCGCCCGCCUCCCGAGGACGCCACGGCGGCAGCAGCAGCAGCAGCAGCCAAUGGGAAGGCGCCACACGUGCACAGGCCCGCGGGUCGGUGCCUUUCAGCCAAACCAGCACAAAGCGGGGAGAAGACCGUGCGGGACCACCGCGCCGCCCACCUGCCCACCGACACUCAGGUGACUCCACCGGGAGGAGAGAGUCCAAGCCAGCCCUCAGACACAGAGCUCAGGUCCGGGUCGGGCCCAGAGAACUGUCCUGGUCCACCACCAGCUACCCCACAGGUCCCGUCGUCGGAUCUCCUCAAGAACGGCUCCUCUGGUCCAGAGAGACCGCCCUGCGAGCCCACGACGGAGAGGACUGUUCUGGGGGCCGGAGACGAGCCCGCCAGGGUGGCGUCCGACCCGGGCUCUCUGGACCACCCUGGGACCGGGGCGACCGGGUCACCAUCGGGUCCCGGUCCGGACACAAGGCAGGCCGAGCCGUCUGGCCCGCGGCAGGAGAGGGGCGACGGAGAGGAGAAGAGAGACCAGUCGAAGGAGGAGCCCCUGGACACCGACACCACCGGCGCUCCGGAGCCGAUGGUGAAUCUGAAGUUUGUGAAGAACGAUUCGUACGAGAAGGGAACCGACCUGAUGGUGGUGAACGUGUACGUGAAGGGUGUGUGUCGCGAGUCGGCCAGGGUGAUCUUCAGGGAGCAGGACUUCACCCUCAUCUUCCAGACCAGCGACGUCAACUUCCUGCGGCUGCACCCAGACUGUGGCCCGAACACGGUUUUCAAGUGGCAGGUCAAACUCAGGAACCUGAUCCAGCCGGAGCAGUGUAGCUACUCCUUCACCCCCUCCCGCCUCGACGUCUCCCUGAAGAAGAGACACAGCCAGCGCUGGGGGGCACUGGAGGCCCCCGUCCCACAAGGUGCAGUGGGUGGUGCCAAGAUGGCUGUACCCUCCAGGCCCGCCCCCAUGGAGCCCAGCAACCAGCCGGGCAGCAGCCAGCACAGCCUGCCCCCCCAGGAGGAGCCCCCGCGCCUGGCCGACGACCAGCCCAAGGGCCCGCCCCCCCGCGGCGGGGACGACAACAACAACAGCGGCGGCGGCGGCCUGGACUCGGUGGCGCCGCGCUCUGACCACGUGGCCAAGCUGGAGCCCGCCGUUACCACGCCCAAACCCACCUGCAUGGUGCAGCCCAUGGCCCACGCCCCCCAGGCCAGCAAGGAGCAGCUGGAGGAGCACGAGGAGAAGAAGGUGUGUCUGCCCGGCUUCACGGGGCUGGUCAACCUGGGCAACACCUGCUUCAUGAACAGCGUCAUCCAGUCGCUGUCCAACACCCGCGAGCUCAGGGACUACUUCCACGAUCGGGCGUUCGAGGCAGAGAUCAACUGCACCAACCCCCUGGGAACGGGGGGCCGGCUGGCCAUCGGGUUCGCCGUGCUGCUCAGAGCGCUGUGGAAGGGGACGCACCACGCCUUCCAGCCCUCCAAACUCAAGGCCAUCGUGGCCAGCAAGGCCAGCCAGUUCACGGGCUACGCUCAGCACGACGCCCAGGAGUUCAUGGCCUUCCUGCUGGACGGCCUCCACGAGGACCUGAACCGCAUCCAGAACAAGCCCUACACCGAGAGCGUGGACUCGGACGGACGCCUGGACGAGGUGGUGGCGGAGGAGGCGUGGCAGCGGCACAAGAUGAGGAACGACUCGUUCAUCGUGGACCUGUUCCAGGGCCAGUUCAAAUCCAAGCUGGUCUGCCCCAUGUGCUCCAAGGUGUCCAUCACCUUCGACCCCUUCCUCUACCUGCCGGUGCCGCUGCCCCAGAAACAGAAGGUCCUCACCGUGUUCUACUUUGCUAAGGAGCCUCACAAGAAGCCCGUCAAGUUCCUGGUGAGCGUGAGUAAGGAGAACUCCCGGGCUGCAGAGGUCCUGGAGUCCAUCUCCAGGAGCGUCAGGGUCAAGCCAGAGAACCUCACCCUCACAGUGGUGGAGAAGAGCCGCUUCAGCCGAGUGUUCCCCCCCAGCCACUCCCUGGACACGGUGUCCUCCGGCGACGUGCUGCUCUGCUUCCAGCUGCUCUCCAAGGAGCUGGCCAAGGAGAGGGUGGUGCUUCUCCGGGUGCAGCAGAGGCUGCAGGUGCCCAGCCUCCCCAUCUCUAAGUGCGCCGCGUGCCUGAAGCCUCCGGUGGCCGACGAGGACAAGCUGAAGCGCUGCAUGCGCUGCUACCGCGUCGGAUACUGCAACCAGGCCUGUCAGAAGAGCCACUGGGCCGUCCACAAGGGCCAGUGUGGCAGCAGCUGUGAGAACGUGGGGCUGCCCUUCCUGGUCAGCGUCCCCCAGUCCAGGCUCACCUACUCCCGCCUCACCCAGCUGCUGGAGGGCUACUCCAGGUAUUCGGUCAACGUGUUCCAGCCUCCCUUCCAGUCGGGCCGGGGGUCUCCAGAGCCCACCCAGCCCCCCCGGGCCCCGGACGCCCCCCCCCCAUCGGGUCGGCCCGACGGGACCCCCCACCACGGGGAGGAGGAGGCCGCGAGCGGGGGCCACGCCUCCUCCUCCUCCUCUUCCUCGCUGCUCCCCGGGGAGUCCUGUGACUCCCUCUCCUCCUCCUCCUCCCUGGGCCGGACCGCCGACUCCGGCUUCUCGGAGCCCCCCUCCCAGGCCUCCUCCUGCGGAGGGCCCCCGGACCCCCAGGCUGAGAAGGAGACGUCGUGUGAGAAGGUCAUGCGGCCAGAAGCCGUGGUGACGGGGUACCAGCAGCCCAGCGGAGCCGCCCCGGGACACGCCUGCCAGUUCUACAUCUCCCUGCUGGACGCCAACCACAAGGAGCAGCGAUUGGACGAGAACGAGGACCUGCUGUCGGAGCUGCAGGACGACUGCACCCUGGAGCUGGUGUGGCGGAACAACGAGCGCCUGAAGGAGUACGUGCUGGUGCGCUCCAAGGACCUGGAGUUCCAGGAGGACCCGGGCUCCCUGAGCGAGACGUCCCGCGCCGGGCACUUCACCCUGGAGCAGUGCCUGAAGCUCUUCACCAAGCCGGAGGUCCUGGCCCCGGAGGAGGCCUGGUACUGCCCAAAGUGCCAGCAGCAUCGCGAGGCGUCCAAGCAGCUGUUGCUAUGGCGACUGCCCAACGUGCUCAUUAUCCAGCUGAAGCGCUUCUCCUUCCGGAGCUUCAUCUGGAGGGACAAGAUCAAUGACAUGGUGGACUUCCCCGUCAGGAACCUGGACCUGAGCCGGUUCUGCAUCGGGCAGAAGGACGAGCUGCAGCAGCCUCCGGUGUACGACCUGUACGCCGUCAUCAACCACUACGGGGGCAUGAUCGGGGGCCACUACACGGCCUACGCCCGCCUGCCCAGCGACAACAACAGCCAGCGCAGCGACGUGGGCUGGCGUCUGUUUGACGACAGCACCGUCACCAUGGUGGAGGAGAGCCAGGUGGUGACGCGCUACGCCUACGUCCUGUUCUACCGCCGCCGCAACUCCCCGGUGGAGCGCCCCCCCCGCUUCCUGGGGCCCCUGGGGGACGAGGCCCCCGGCGCUACUGGGGGGGCCGUCAGCCAGGCCUCACUAAUAUGGCAGGAACUGGAGGAAGAGGAGGAGGAGGAGGAGGAAGGGGCCCGCGGCGUGCGGCGGCGAGCGGCGGCGGCGGCGGCCCCCCGGGAGGGCGGCGGCGAGGGGCGGGCGGGGCGAUGGCGCCGGGCACGCGCGGCCGUGGCGCCGCCCCCGGAGGACGACUGGGUCCAGUACCUGGUGCUGGGGACGCUGGUGGCCCUGCUGGCCCUGCUGCUCAACCUGGCCUACCCCCUGGUGUUCCGCACCCCCCGGGCCUGAGCCCCGCAUCCCCCACCACCCCACCCCCGUCACCUCAACCGCCGAGGUCGCCGGCGACAAAGGCCUGAAACGACCGCGGAGCCGGCCGGCUUUGGACUUUUUAAAUUCAACGCUGACUGUCCGGUCGGAGACCAACAGAUAUUAAAAUGAUUAGCAUUUACCCUGCGCUUCCUUCAACGCAUCAGCAGCUUCUCGAGGAAACAGCCAUGUUGCAUGAACCAGAAGAAAUGACCUGGACCUAAGGCUGCACAGCAGGGAACCGGGUUCUCCUGGGGUCUCGGUUCUCCUUGGUACUGGGUUUCUCCUGCCCGGGUCUGCGUAGGAUCAGGCACCUACUGGAGGCUCUCUGCAAACCACUGAGCAACCGUUAGCCUCUGAGCUCAUACUGCGUCUGGGUUCCCAACCUCAGCCCUGAUUGGCUGAAGGGGACAUGCCGGAUGUAGUGACGUGUCGUCGUCCACUAAGGGGAGACGAAGGGUCGAGGCGCGGGAAGGGAAACACUCGUGUGGAAGAUUUUUAUGAAUCGUAGCUUCAAGCCGCUGUCAGGGAGUUUGUGUCUGCAUGCGUAGCUGCUGCUGCUGCUUCACUUUGGCUGCUGCCCUGCUCUCAGGGAACACCGCAACACUAAUGAAAGACGGAUGAAGAGUGCGUGUGUGCGUGUCUGGGCUGCGUCUCCUAGUGCAGGACAAAACUGAGGCACUCCAAACUGUUUGUUUUUCCUCCUUUUUGUUUGUGUUGAAGUUUUUGUUAUCCUUUUUUUUUUUUUAUCUUUGAGUCAUAUUUAAAUGGGUUUCCGCUGUAGUCUGACAUUAUAUUUUUCCUUUUUUAAUGUGUGUGACUGUUUCAAGCCAUAGCCAUGUUCAACAUUGAAAAUGUCAAGUCUAACCGGAAUGUAACCCGGACAGUUAUCGAGAAUGUUCAUUAAUCAAUGUAACGUGCUGCCGUUUGGACAGGAAGUGAUGUAAUGAAGCUGCAAAUGUACCGGGACGUGAAGGGCGUGUUUGAAACGAACUCUGGAAACGACUGGAAGCUCAGGCACUAAACACGAUGCGUCCGCACACUGUCCUAUGACCUCCUGUUUAGACCAACACAGAAUCACAUCACGUCUCCUAGAAGCUUCUUCCUGUGGUCUCUCUCGACCCCGUGGACCCUCAACUCCUCCUGGUUCCUCUGGGGGUCCGGGGGGGGGGACAGACCGGUCUCAGGGACCUCCCAGCGCUCUGCUCUAUUUAAAUCACUUCUCCAGUUAAAUACUGUAAUAUGCUGCUGUUCUGCGUGUAUCUGAACCAGACGAAUGAAGGCCUAACGUCCAGUACUUUAAUGCUUUGAUUUUAUUCCAAUGACAUGUUUCUAUUUUCUUGUUACGUUUGAUUCAGUUGUUCCUUUUUUGUUAAUGUCUGAGGUUUUUAGAAAACGGAAGCGUGCAUGUGUGUGUGUGUGUGUGUGUGUGUAGGGCUGGGCGAUUAAUCGCAUUUUGAUCGCGAUUUUGAUUUUGGCGUCAAACGAUCACGAAAUUUACAUAAUCAAGUUUUUCGAUAAUUUUUUUAAUGAUUUAUAGAAAGGGCAGAACAGCUGGAUACAUAUCUGUAUUAUUUCAGAUUGUCAGUUACAACGUUUUUUUUGGGAGAGACAUGCUGAAUAAAUACAUAGAAAAUAAUCGUUUGAAUAAUCGUGAUUUCAAUAUUGACCAAAAUAAUCGUGAUUAUGAUUUUUCCCAUAAUCGAGCAGCCUGUGUGUGUGUGUGGGUGUGUGUGUGGGGAACCAACGAGUUUGGGGUCCAUUUUAGGAAUUACAUUUAUUUGUUGUGGAAGAGGGGCUAAAUGUGUGCUCUGAAUAACAAUGUCUUGUUUUCCGUCUUCAAACGGCCCGAAUGGUGGCAAUAAUGUUUCCAUCCUCUGGCGGUGAACUGUAACCAAGCCUUCAUCCUGCUGCACACAAAUUACGCAAUAAAUCAUAUAACCUUG